CUCAAAUGCACAGAUGUUUUUAUUAAGCUUUGGUUUGAUUCUUGAGAUCUGACAUGUUUCUCUUUGGGCAUAGCAAGAACUCUUGAGUUUUUUGUCAGUAGCUCAGCAACUUCCUGUGGCUGGGUAAUGUCCGGAUGGCACUGGCUCGAAGCACUAACCAUGAAACGUAGCAUCUUCUAAUUUCUUCAUGAUUGUGCACAUGUUCUUCGCUGUCACCUUCUGCGACCUUCACAGUCCCGAUGUAAAUUGUAGGUUCCCAGUGUCCAUUAUUUUACCAUUUUUGUUCAUGCUUUCAAGUUCGAGUUUGAUUGUCAUUAAACCAUCCAUGAAUACAGCCAAAUGAAACGGCGUUACCCUGGAGCCAAGGAACAAACCACAAUGCCAACACUCAUACACAGCACAAGGCACAUAUAGCACACAUAAGAUAUCAGUAAAAUACAGUCACAAAAAAAAAGUCCAGGACCCUGAGUCCAUGAAUGUUGCCGCGGUCUGCAGUUGAAAACAAUGUGGCUUGUCUUCUGCUGCACGAACACUGAGGGGCAGCAUCAACUCCUGCUUAAACGUUGCACCACACUGCCCUCGACACACUGGUGGAGCUCACUGACCACUGCCUCUCUCCUAGGUGGUGGUAAGCAGGUGACUCUGCAGCUUGAGGCCUAGUCCUCACUAUGACCGAGGCCACACAGCUCACCCCCUCCCCCCCCCCCAUCCAACGAUAAAUCAUUAAAUCGGACUUGCAGCAUUCCACGUUACCAAUGUCCAACAGUGUCUUGCAAUCACUGGAAAAGCAGCUAAGAUGAUCACUUGCUGUUAGACUGCACACUGCCUUUGCGCACCGAUUUCUCCGACUUCUCUGCAGCAGCACGAGCCAGGCCAAGUCCUGCCCUUUCUCUGCCAAUGAACUGAUGGGGUAGACCUGCAGUACUAAUGAAGUUCUUAAUGCCCAGUGGUGUCUUGCAUUUGUAAAGUAGAUAUGUUUAAGAAAGACAAUAAUAGCCUUUGUUGGCCCGGUGGAAGCCAUUGCAACUGAGCACACUGUCAUUCUACCAGGAAAUCGGAGCCUCAAUCUCUAAAUAUAGAAACACAGAAAUCUAUGGCCCAUCGGCCCAUGAAGUUGUGUCAACUUAUGUAACCUUCUCUAGAAAUUGUCUAGGAUUUCCCUACCACAUAGCUGUCUGCUUUUCUAAGCUCUAUGUGCCUAUCUAAAAGUCUCUUAAAAGACCCCAUUGUAUCUGCCUCUACCACUGUCGCGGGUCACUCUCUGUGCGAAAAACUUGCCUCUGACGUCCUCUUUGUACCUACUUCCAAGCACCUUAAAACUAUGCCCCCUCGUGUUAGUUAUUUCAGCCUCUGGCUAUCCACAUGAUCAAUGCCUCUCACAAUCUUAUACCCCUCUAUCAGGUCACCCCUCAUUGUCUGCUGCUCCAAGGAGAAAAGGCCGUUCACUCAACCUAUUCCCAUAAGACAUGCUCCCCAAUCCAAGAAACAUCCUUGUGAAUCUCCUCUGCCCUCUCUCUAUAGUAUCCACAUCCUUCCGCUAAAGUUUCCUCCCUGAUACUGAGAAUGGGGUGUCAUGUAUUAACUUGGUUUUCGGAAUGUGAAUAAAUUAACAACAGAAAUUUAAAAUAAGUCAUUUACAGGUUAUCAGACUUAACUAUUGGGACCAAAGCUUAACUAGUCAGAAUUGAGGAGGCUGAGGGUUCCAUUUUCUCACAAUACAAGGUUAGGUGGGAAAGUAGGCAAACAAGUUUGGUCUACAAGGAAGUUGCAAAGGACCUAUUAAGUGAGUAGGAAAGAGGUUUACAGAAUAUAGUUAAAGGAAAUUUUGUAGCAGUUCGUUUGUUAUGUACCAUGUUGUACAAUGUUGGCGAUCUUGGUCUUUCCAUGAUCGUGAUUGUACUUGGCAGAUUUUUCUGCAGAAGUGGUUUGCCGUUGCCUUCUUCUGGGCAGUGUCUUUACAAGACGGGUGACCCCAGCCAUUAUCAGUACUCUUUAGAGAUUGUCUGCCAGUUGUUGAUGGUCACAUAACCAGGAGUUGUGAUAUACACCGGCUGCUCUUACAACCAUCCACCACCUUCUCUCAUGGCUUCAUGUGACCCUGAUUGUGGUGGGGGAGGUGGGGGCUACACCUUGCCCAAGGGCGACCUGCAGGCUAGUGGAGCGUAGGAGUACCUUACACCUUCUUUGGUAGAGACAAAUCUCUACCCUGCCACCCAAUUUGCUGCAGUUGUAUAGUCCUUUCACAAGACCACAGUUGGAAUGCCUUGUGCGGUUUUGGUCUCCUCACGUAACAAACAAAGUAACUGCCUUGGUAAAUGAAGUUCACUCCAUUUACUAAAUUCAUUCGAUUGAUGACUGGAAUGAGAGGAUUAAACCUUGGGAAUGAAUAAGAUGUGCUUAAAUGUUGCAGGGAUCGUAAGAGUGAAAUUCUUAGAGGGGUUAUCAGGGUCAAUGUAGAGAAGUUACUUUCCAAGAAUGUAAAGUCUUGACUUGGAAUUAGUUUGAGGGCUUGGUAGCUCCGAGCCAAGGUGAAGUAGAAUUCUUUCAAGUUUCUAAAUCUUUGGAACUCUCUAUCCUGCAGCAUUGCAGAAAUUUGGUCAUUGAUUGAUUUUUACACUGGGGGUGGGGGUGGAAAUCCACAGUUAAGGUGGGGAAUAUAGUCAAUAGCCUUGAUCUUAAGGAAUGUUGGAAAAGGCUUGAUGGAGUCUAUAGCUGACUUGUGUUCUCGUGUGCUUUAUUACAACUGUGACUACUCUUAACAAAUAGCUCUUUAUUGAGUGUAAAGUUCAUUGGGACGUCUUGAUGCUUUGAAUAGCUCUGCAUAAAAGCAUCAUUCUCUGAGGUCAGGAUUAUUGCAUCCACAGAGUUUGUGCUGCUAGUCCAGUGCCAUGCUCACAGAGGACCCUACACUAUGUUCAAUGUGGACAGUAACAAUGCACAGAUCGUCAAUACUUUUGGAGGCUGCUUGGUGGGUUUAAUAGUUAUCACAGGGCAUAGAUUCCCUGUGGAUUACUCCUAAUUGAACUGCUUCAUUCUAGAUGCACCCAUGUGCUUGUCUUCUCCAAGGGAGCAUCCAGCUGAGACCGGCUAAUGUACACGCCAUAAAACUGCAAUGCUAAAGAGGAUGAGUGGGAAGUAUAUAUGGAACGUGGGUAAAUGGAUUAUUCUGUUCACCAUUUGCCUGAUGCCUACUUUAGGAAGAGUGAGUCUGGCUUCAACCCAUCACCGCAGCCACUCAGUGGUUCAUGUUAAAGCUGGAACGUGCGAGGUGAUUGCUGCCCACCGAUGCUGCAACAAGAACAAGAUCGAGGAGCGUUCCCAGACAGUGAAGUGUUCCUGCUUUCCUGGCCAGGUAGCUGGGACAACACGAGCAGCUCCAUCCUGUGUGGACGCCUCAAUUGUUGUUCAGAAGUGGUGGUGCCACAUGGAGCCGUGCCUGGAGGGGGAGGAGUGCAAGGUUCUGCCGGAUCUCAGUGGCUGGAGCUGUAGCACCGGAAACAAAGUCAAAACCACUAAGUUUGUUCCCAAGCAGCUGCUUUUGUCCGAAUGGGAAUCGCUUCGGCUCCCAAAGGAACGUCAGAUAUAAUGAGUGCAGUCAAGACACAACACAGGAGGAAAGGAAGCAUUGGAGAGCCUCUAAUGAAUGCUGUGCAGCUGGUCAGGACAAAGACUACAGUGUCCAUGAAGUCUCCUCACAAACACACUCUGGGGGUAUGGACAUGGGUGACUCCGCUUACUACCAACCUACUGAAGACUGAAAUCAGAGGAACAUCUCACCCCCAGCCCCUUGGUAUCACACGGGGCAAUUCUCCACUGCCUCUUUUCCCAGUUCAGAUACAACUCAGCCUGAGCACGAGCUCUGGUCUUCAAAGAAUGAUAUAAAGUUGCCUUCAAAAGGAAAAGGAAACUAACUGCAUUGAUCUGCACCAUUCCAGUGGAGUUUUGGCACUUCCCAUAGUCGAUGAAACUCCACUCUCUGGUUUCCAGCUGCUUUAAACAGGUCAACUAUUUGGAGAAGCCGUUGAUUACGGCAAUGGGGCAUUUACCUGGUUUAUAGCAUCUUCUAUGUCCACUGGAUAUUAAUGCCAAUGCUAAGUUGUCACUAACUACGUUGCAGCUCAGUCCACUGUGAAAGUUGAACACGUUUCAAGGCUGCUAAGGCUGUGCACCUCCUGCCUCAGUGGGGCCACCUUCCCAGCAAGGCUUCUGGGAACUCGCUUCAGUUAUAAUGAUUCUUUGUCCUCCAUUUGCUCCGUUAAGUGACAACUGAAGGUCCUGUCCUUAUUUUUAUAACAGGCCUGCUGAUUGGCUUCUUGAGACUGAGUAGUGAGAAUAAAUCCAAUCUUGUGAUUACUGUAGAACCCAGUUAGACUGUAUUAUAACUGUACAAAUUCAGAGAUAAUACAUG